UUAUAGAACACAAAAGGAUUCUCUUUGUUGCAAGUGUGGCUGUGAUGGAAAACCUUUUUCUGCAGCCUACCAGUACAACUACUCUACUGGUAACUGCUGGGAUCCUACUUGUCUGGUAUGUAUUUUAUCCCAACUUUGAUCGGAAGAGAAAGGACCUUCCAGGACCGAGACCACUGCCCCUGUUUGGCAAUUUAUUUCAGAUAAAUCCUAAGUCAUUUAACAGUACACUUUAUGAGCUUUCCAAGAAAUAUGGAUCGGUGUUCACAGUUUACCUUGGACCUCAGAAAGUGGUGAUUCUGGCUGGAUACAAGACCGUGAAGGAUGCACUGGUCAACCAUGCUGUGGAGUUUGGAGACAGAUAUAGCAGUCCGGGUUUCCAUGACUUAAGUGGUGAACAAAGAAAUGGAAUCAUUUUUGCCAAUGGAGAUUCAUGGAAAGAAAUGAGGCGUUUUGCUCUGAUCAACCUGAGAGACUUUGGGAUGGGCAAAAAAGCAGCAGAGAAUAAAAUCAUUGAGGAGGUUCAGUAUCUGAUCGAUGUGUUUGAAAGACAUGAAGGUCAACCCUUCAGUACUGCCAAGUCAAUAAAUAAUGCAGUCUCCAACAUCAUCUCUUCAAUUGUCUUUGGCAGCAGAUUUGAAUACAGUGAUGAAGAGUUCACUCUCAUGAUAACCCGAGCAAAUGACAACUUUAGGCUUUUAGGUUCUUCUUCAUUACAGUUGUACAAUAUGUUCCCGUGGAUAUUUCAAUGGGCGAGGAACAGGAGGCAUCUCAAGAGGAACGUUGCUGAAAACCGAAAACAAAUGAAACGGCUGAUCGGACGUCUACAAGGAACCUUGAACGUUGAGAUGUGCAGAGGAUUUGUGGACACGUUCCUAGCACACAGACAGAAGCUAGAGGAUUUGAAGAUUACGGAUGCACACUAUGACAUUGAGAACCUAGUGUCGACUACUGCCAACCUCUUUGUGGCUGGUACUGAUACGACAGGAACUACACUGAGAUGGAUUCUGUUGCUCAUGGCCAAAUAUCCCCAAAUUCAAGACCAGGUCCAGGCGGAGCUGAGCAGGGUGGUUGGAGACCGUCAGGUGAGGGCAGAGGACAGGAAGAACCUGCCCUUUGCUGACGCUGUCAUCCAUGAGACCCAGAGAUUUGCUAAUAUACUUCCCAUCUCUGUGCCUCACCAAACCAGCACAGAUGUGACUUUUCAGGGCCAUUUUAUAAGAAAGGGGACCCCCGUGUUUCCUCUUUUGACAUCGGUUUUGUGGGAUGAGAGUGAGUGGGAGAGCCCACACACCUUUAAUCCUGCCCAUUUCUUGGACAAGGACGGGAAAUUUGUCAAGAGAGACGCCUUCAUGGCCUUCUCUGCAGGACGCAGGGCGUGUCCCGGAGAAGGUCUGGCCCAGAUGGAGCUCUUUCUCUUCUUCACUUCCCUCGUACAGCGCUUCAGUUUCACUCCUCCACCUGGAGUGAAAGAGGAUGAUCUGGAUCUGACUCCAGCACUGAGCUUCACCCGCACGCCUUCACCUCAUGAGUUGUGUGCCAUCAGUCGUGGGGGAAUUCAAAAUUAGUAGAUUAUUUAAUGAGUAAAUGGGAUAACAAUUAUUUGAAAGCUGUUAGAAAAGCUAUUUUCUACUUUGAUUCAUUAGGCAAAACAUCAAUGUGUUUAAAAGAAGUCACCACAGGGUUAAGAAAGUUAUUGAUUCAUGUUUUUUGGUAUUAUUGACAUACAGUGUACGUAUUGACUGUUCUCUGCAAGAAGACUUGAUUCUGAUUGGCUGCUGGGUGUCUAUUCAGCCGUGAUAAGGGAAAACAAAGUGGUAAAACUCUCCAAUUCUAGCUUGAGGGAUAUUAGCUAUUCAGAAAACUUGGAAGUAGAACACAAAGUGAUCCAAAAAAUAAAUAAAAUGAAAACAAACAAUUUAAAACCUAAAACUUGACAUUGAACCAUCUGAUUUCUUUUUGUAAAACACUUUUUUGGAGCCAUAUUU